AUGGCUCACCAUGCUCACCACCAUGCUCACCACCAUGCUCACCACGCGCAGCCCGAUGGCCCCCUGCCUUUGGGCAUGACACAAGAUGAAGCCCAGAGGGCGGCCGCAGCGCAGAGGCAGAACCCGGCCCAGCUGGGCAACCCACCAUCCGGCCCCCUUGACUGGAUCGGCCCAACAAGGUGGGCGCCGACGUACCGCUCCAUCUUCACCAAGAUGGGCUCGAACGACACGAUCGUCGUCCCGCUCAUCGGGCACGUCAACUGCAGCUACCUCUCGACGCGCGGUAUCGUGCCGUCCCUGCUGGACCUCAAGAAGCACGCGCAGUCGCUCGUAAUCCUCAUCAAGCAGAUCACCGUGUCCAGCCAGCAGGGCAUCAUCGACAACGCCAACAGCCCGGGCGUCGCGGGCGCCUUCCCGUUCAACGACGCCGAGACCUUCGACUUCCUCAACGACCUGACCCGGGCGUACGAGGGCCCGAAGAAUCCGGCCUUCAUGCGGAGCCACCAGCUCCCGCUGACGUCGCUGGUCAACCUCCUCGAGCAGACGGAGCAGACGGGCGGCCCCGUGCUGCUGCCGAACGGGGACAGCUAUGUCAAUCCCGAGCUGGCGUGGGUGCAGAACAUCUGUCCCAUGCACGAGGCGCCGCCUACGGAAGUCAUGGGACCCGGCCUGCCGUACUCGACCGUCGAGGCGUUGAUCGACCACGCGAACGAGGUGCUGGAGCGGCUCGACCACGAGUACUCUGCCAAGGGCGGCCUGUUGGGCAUCCUGCCUCCCAAGGAGGAGAAGGAGAAUCGCGCCUUGGCCGAGACGACGCUUCUCGGGCAGAUGGUCCUGUACAUGCAGCGCCUAGUCCAGCGCCUGCAUGAUCUAGAGCGGCUGUAUGCCAACGCGCAGGACUGUCUCGCGACCGAGGCCGUAGCAGUACACCAGGCGCUCAGCACGCUUGGUCCCGACGGCCGGCAACCCCGGGAAAUGGUGUACCCACAGGACCGCUUUGUGCUUGUCAACGCCGGCGAGGAAGUCUGGAAAUACCUGACAGACCAGUUCGACGCCCAGGACACAAUGGAAGAGACUGUCGCGCAACAUUACCGACGCAAAGGCGCUGCCGCAGAGUCAUUGUGGCGCACCGGUGAAGCCGGCAAGAUCUACUCGAGAGGCAUCACGGCCAUUGAUAUCAACACACGGUACUACCGCCUGCGCGAAGAUCCGCUCAAGACCAUCUUCGUCAUCCCCGCUCAUGGUAAGCACCCUGGUGUGAGCGCUACCCGCAAGAUGGAGAAGGAUCCAACAGUCGUCAGCGUCGUGAAGCCCGUAUGGCCGGAACGAGCCAGCCAGUGGGAGAUGAACCACAGGCAAGAGCUGGCGCAGGCUCGCCUUGACAGAGAUGCCCUCAGGAACUUGCAGGCAACAACCGACCAACUGAUAAGGGAGAGGGAUGCUGCCGUAGGGAGCAAAGCCAUCGCAGUUGCCAAGGCCCGUGACAUAGAGAAGACGCUCCACAAUGCAAUGGAAGACCCCAAUACGAACCUGAAGCAGUGUCAAGAGGCUCUGACGAAUCUCAAGGUCCAAGAGACGAGACUAGCCGAGGAACGGAAGCAGCUCGAUGAGCAAAAGCAUCUCUUCGAAGAACAGAAAAAAGCCCACGCCAGGUUGGAAAAACAACUCAACGAGACGGCGAAGCAGCAGGAUGCGGCGGCAAAGAGAGCCCAGGACGAGGCUGCAACGAGGGCGGAGAAUCUGAGACGGAUGGAUAGGGAGGCAGCCGCGUCGGGUCACGCGCUAACAGAAAAGCUUCAAGCGCUAUGGUGCAAGCAGCUCCAGGAAGUGGCUGAGAUGAAGGCCCAUCUGAGUAAGAAGGGGGUGGCCUUCAAUACCAAUGAGACAUUAGACCCUCUCACACCAAGAGACGAUGCUUUCAUUACCCAGCAGAUCAAGGACAUAGUUGCAGCACAGAAAGCAGAAGACGAGCAACGAAACAGAGGAACUGACGACGCCAGAGACUCUCAGAUGGGCGGGACUUGA